AUGUCCUGGCAGUCCUGGGCACCCGGAGAUGGUCACUGCAGAGCUCCCGUGGAUUCGGCACCUUUAAAGGGAUUUCAGGAGAUCCCGUGCAGUGCUGGAGAAGGGGCUCAGCGUAGAAGAAGCUGCCGGGCUGAGGCUCCGGGCACUGCUGCAGCAGAUGUUCUUCGGCAACCGUUGGUGAGACAUCUGCGCCGAGCUGGGGAAGAACCUGCUGGGGUGAACCCAGCCCUACCACCAAGACGUGACCGUGCGUGGAAAGGUUGAGCUGGCACAAAACCCAUCAUCAUUGACUCCGCCACCAUGGCCUGGCUGUGGCUCCAUCUCUGCAUCUGCCUCCAUAUCCCAGGUUUCUGUACAAAUCUGCUUUUAUCCCAGACUCCAGAGCAUAUUUUAGCCCAAACUAACAAUAAAACAGAAAUUCUCUGUGAGUUGAACAAGGAGCAAGCCGGAGUGUACUGGUACCGCUGGAGCCAGGAGAAUCAAAAUUUUGAGUUCUUGAUAUUUUACAACUCGUUGGGCAAAGCAACAUACGGCAUAAACAUCAGCCAGGACAAGUUUAGUGUCCACAGGGCAAGUUCCCGCACCUCCUGCAGCCUGCACAUCAGCCACCUCCACACCUCGGACAACGGCACCUAUUACUGCUCCAUCUCCCAGGCCUCCCAGCUCUUCCUGGGCAGCGGGACACGGCUUGGUGUGGUUGAUGUUUUGCCUCUGUCUUUGAAGACCACUCAGGCACCACUCUCCAAGAAACCCAUGUGGUGCGUAACCAAAAGCAAAGCUGCCAGCAAGAAAGGUGCUUGCAGCCCCCUGGUCUGGAUCCCGCUGGCCACUGGCAUCCUGGUCCUUCUGCUGAGCCUGGUCCCCACUGCCCACCGCUUCCACCGUCUGCGGCGGAGGCUGUGGCUUCGUGCCCACAGGCAGUAA